CUUUGCUUCCACACUCUCUGUUUUUUCCUUUCUCUCUCUUUUUUUUCUCAAUUUUUUCUUCAAAUUUUGCAAAUUUUGCAAAUAUAUUCCCUUUAGUUCUCCAAUUUUUGAUUCUAAUUGUUAUUACAACAAGAACAUAUACAUGUAAUUUCAUCCAAAUUCAAGAAAUGGUGGGGUGCAAAUUGUAUAUAAAGAAAAAAGGAGAUUGGUUAAGUGCACUAUUAGAGAGCAAAUUUUUUGAUUCAUGUGAUCAUCAUCAACAACUAAGAAAAAAUGAAAAAAAUGUAUUUUGUUUGGAUUGUAAUCUUGAAUUUUGUAGGCACUGUGUCAAAUCUCAUUUCCUUCAUCGCCAGCUUCAGAUCUGCAAAUAUGUUUAUCAUGAUGUUGUUCGUCUUCUUGACAUUCAGAAACAUCUUGAUUGCUCUAGAAUCCAGACAUAUAAGAUUAAUGGAGAAAAAGCUGUGCAUUUGAAUCCAAGGCCACAACAAAAGGAUGCAAGACCAUCAACUAAAGCAAAAUUUGGUGGUUCUUGUGAUGCUUGUGGAAGAUAUCUUCAAGAUUUGCCUAAUCUCUAUUGCUCUAUUGCAUGCAAGGUGGAAUCAGUUGCACUGAAGCCAAAAGAUGAGAAAAACAACAAAAUGAUAACAUUUUCAAUUCAAGAAUUUUCUCAGUUUUCUUGGAAAGAAGAUUACAUAAAUCAAGAAACGAGUUAUGAAAACGAAGCGGUUUCGAUUUCGUUGAAUGAUGAGAUUUCUGAGGAGACAAGCAAUCAAGAAUGGAUGAUGAUGAGCUCUCCAUUGAAGCCAACAAAACAACUCCGCAAAAGAAAAGGCGUUCCUCGGAGAGCUCCUCUUUGUUAAUUGAUUAAUCGGCAGAAGCAAUUUAUACAAUUUUGGCCUCAGAAAUGAAAAAAAAUUGAAUAACCACAGCUAGUUAUUGUAAUAAUUUUUGUUUUUGAUGAUAAACUUUUCUUGAGAGUCUGUACAGAAUGAGUUGAUAGGUAUAGAAAUGGAUCUGUUGAUGAAUUUUAAUUCA